AUAAAAUUGUGUUUAUACGUACUUAAAAUAACACUUCUGAACGACGAUAUUCAUGCAGUUGUUUGAACCAACGACAGACGUUUCAUGAUUAUAGAAGCCGCGAAAUGGCGAAUCUUCCCGUGAUUCAUGAGCUAGGAACCAGUUUCCUCUCGUUGGGUGACGUCAUCACAGGUGAUCCAGAAAAAGCGCGGGAAAGAUGGAAAACGUAUGCCGAGGAGAGCGUGAUUGGCUCGUGUGUGGCCGCGACGGUUGAAGCGGCAAAGGGGAAUGAGGAGAAAUCGAAAGAGUACUUGAAAGGCAUGGGGCGAGCAACUGGUAAGGCGGUCCUAGGAGGUGGACUUUUAAAAGAUGUUCCGGGCUUCCACGAGUUGGCCGUUUGUGGUGAAUCUCUUGGGGACAUGAUCGGCGGAGGUGAUGACGAAUCAGCCCGAGAGCGAUGGAAAACAUACAGCGAGAGCAGCGUAAUCGGUAGCGGACUUGGCGCGCUUGCCGCCAAAAUCGACGGCGACGACGAAAAAGCCGAACGUUUGACGGAAGCCUGCGGAAAGGCGGGAAAAAGAUUUGGCGUGACGGCUGCUACGGUCACUGCAGUUGUAGCAUCUGGGGGACUUGCUGCUGCACACGGGGUGGCGGCCGCUGCCGGUGGGGUUAUCGUAGGUGGGGCUGCAGGGGUGGGCUCGACCGCGGCAAUGCAGAUGAUAGAUAAUGAUAAAAUUGACGACCCAGGGGCGGUGGUGGGAAUGGGUCUGAUGGUAGCGGUCAGUGGACACAUGCCCGAGGUUGAAAAACCCGGGACUCCACAAAAAGUUACCCCAAAUAGCUCCGAAGAGGCUUCCAAAAGCUCCGAGGAGAAUCGAAAUAGUUCCGAAGAGGUUAUAAAAACCAUGAAAAGCCCCGAAGAUACUCCGAAUAUCCACGAGGACACUUCGACAAGCUCCGAUGAAAAAAAUCCCAAAAAACCUUUUGAAAUCUCAGAGGAAAGGGGCUUUGAAGGGGUUCAAAAAACCACGAAAAGCGCCGAAGAACUCAGAAAACUUAUCAAAAAGUUUCUGGAAGCGCUGACGGGACAAUAAAAAGCUCUGAAGAGAAGCCAAAGAACUCCACAAGUUCUGAAGGCACUUCGAAAUUCUCCGAAGAAGUUUCAGAAAAUGCUCAAAAGACUCCCGAAAGCCAUGACUGUACUACAAAAAGCAUCGAAGACGAGGCUACAAAAAACUCGACCAGCACCAAAGAUACUUCGAAAUUGCCCGAAGAUUCAGAAAGCCAUGAAAAGUCUGCAAAUAAUUCUGAAUAGGCUUCGAAAAGCUCUGGAAGGAACGCAGAAAUAUGAAGGUGCCUUUAAGUUAUAUUUUUUAA